AUGAAUGAACCGGCAAUGAUAUCCUUCUUCAGCAUCACAGGGGUAAUCCUACUUGUUGCAGGCAUCGCAAUUUGGAGAACAUACCACAAGAGCCGAAUGCACGACAAACCCAAUGAUGAAACAGCAAUAGAAAACAACGGCGAUCCCAGGCACGGCGUUCAAAAUUUGAGGAUCCGUGCGGGUAACACGGCAGAUUUGGAGCAGCAGGCAGACAAUCAAGGCGGAAGGUGGAGGUGGAGAAAGAUCCUUGACAGAGUCAGCUGGGCCCAGGUACCAAACAGUGCAGAAGAUCCAGAAGAGAUGCGAGCGAUGGAACGACAACAAGGUGUCAACGAAAAGGCCGAUCAAGCAAUCGUUUCUGGGUCCAUCUCCGGCGUCGAGGCUGGGACGAGAGACCUAAGAGAUGUUGAAAAAGGACCAAGACCCACGGACGUAGCGUCAUUCGAGAAGCUGGGUGGAUAUCGAUACGGCGAUUUCGCAUAUGGGCAUGACAAUAUGGCGCCGCUUCCGGUCCCGACCUUGGUCGAAUAUCGUCAUGCGCCCGGCAUUGCGGAGGUCGAAGCCGUUCCGGCAUGCUCGUAUCCUUCUCAAGUCUGCGACAGAGACUCGAUAGAGGCAGGACACAGGCCUCGACUGACAUCGUACAAUGGGUUCCCACCGAUGCACCAACACCGUGACGAUGUGAUGGCAGCUCUCCCGAUCCCAAAAGACCAUCCACUUUCGCAACAUUAUCCGGUGGCUCAAUGCCCAGCACCUUCCACAAUUCCACAUCAAGAUGCAGGUUGGAAACCUCCAGUAUUCCAGUACGAGCGCGACAGUCUUGUCCCUGCACCUCUCAACCCACGUCGCGGAAGGCAUAACCCCGACAUGGAUCAGGAUGACAACCAACCUUCAACCACCAAACCAGUGCGGAUAGCUGGGCUCACACUGGAACGACCUUCGAGUGCUCAUUCUCGGCGAGCACCAACCUCUAGGUCGGCAUCAAAAGAAGGUCACGAGGAGAGAUACAGCGUCUUUGAGAGUCCGCUGCGCCAGCAUCCCCCUGAGCUGAACAACGAAUUACAAGAUCCAAGGAAGACGCUCGGCCAAACUUCAGUGCACACGCCAAGAUCUAUGGUUGGCGAGGGUCGAGCAACAGAUGACGUCCGAAAUGAUUGGCCUUUGACAACAGACAUGAAGAAUUGUUCAUUCCGAUCCCCAAACCAGCCUGUGAGCGUAUCCGAGCAUCGUCACCACCCACAUCAACGCCAUCGGCAUUUCAGCUCGUGCGACGCUGCUUGGACGACGUUUCCUCUGACUCCAUCGUCACAGUCAUCCCGCAAGCCGUCGAGAUGGAGUUGGACAGCCGAGAACUUCAGGGUGGCCGGGAUGGAGGGGGAGAAUGUCGUUUGA